UUUUUUUUUUGUAUACUAUAUCAUUAACAAUGGUUGCUGGUGCCGCUGCUAACACUGCAAAGAAAUCUUUCUGGUCUAUCUGGUAUAAACAUGAAAUUAUCCCCAUCUAUUUUGUUGUUGGUGGUGCCUGUGGUUUAGCUGGUUGGUAUCUUACUCGUCUUGCUCGUGGUCCUGAAGUUGUUUGGGAUCGUACUAACAAUCCUUAUCCUUGGCAAAACAUUGACCAGGAUACCCAGGUUAAAUUUAUGACUGUCAAUCAAAAGUUUGACAAGACCUAUUCCCGUGAUCGUCUUUAAUGGCACUGUAACUAUAGAAGAAGAUUAAAAAAAAGCCCUCUUCCUCCUUUUUUCAGUAUACAUAUAAAGCAUUUAUUUGUGAAGGAAGGGAAAUUUUGUUCCAAAUACUUCUUUAAAUUUAUUUAUUACAUAGAUUUACUUUAUAUUUAUGUUUAUUUUUUUUCUUAUACAAAAAAUAAAAAUGAUGCAUUACAUUCUUUUUU